AUGGCAGCACGAGAAAUCGGAGAAGACCAUAUCGUGGAGGGGGCUGGAACGGUAGAAGUCAGCACCGAAAGCUUUGCAGUUACAACCUCUUCCUCUGAGAAGGCCAAGGAGAUUCGGGUGGGUGAGGGUGAGGUCAUCUUCGAUUCUUCAGAAGAUGACUACCCAGCUCCCACAGAGGAAGAGAACUCAACGCUCCGGAAAGUGGCAGGAUCCAUGCCGCUUGUGUCUUUCUCGCUUUGCUUGGUAGAGCUUGCUGAGCGUGCGUCAUACUAUGGUGCUUAUACGGUAUUCUCUAAUUUUAUUGAGUUUCCGCUACCAAAGGGUGGUAAUGGAGCAGGUGCACCUCCAAGAGGAUCACAAGAGACAGCUGGCGCUCUGAAUAUGGGUCUGCAGGCAAGUGAUGCGCUGGUCCUGUUGUUCGUUUUCCUGGCGUACGUCAUUCCCAUCUUCGGAGGCUGGUGGGCCGAUGUAUACGUUGGCCGUUACAAGGCCAUCAUCGUCGGCGUCCUGAUCUGCGGUGUUGCCCAUAUUAUCCAGAUUAUCGGUGCUAUCCCAUCAGUCCUCCAAGCGGGUGGAAGUCACGCUGCCCCACCAUUCAUUGUCGGACUAUUGAUUCUGGCAGUGGGUGCUGGAAUCUUCAAGCCCAACAUUGCACCAACCAUUCUGGAUCAAAACCGACACAAGACAGCCUAUGUGAAGACUUUGAAAUCUGGAGAGAGAGUCAUUGUCGACCCGGAAGCAACCGCCACUCGAACAAUGCUUCUGUUCUAUGGGUUUAUCAACGUGGGUGCUUUCUACAUGCUUGCCACUACAUAUGCCGAAAAGUAUGUUGGCUACUGGCUCGCAUUUCUAUUAUCAGGAAUCAUUUACUUCCUACUCCCCAUUCUGCUGUUUGCGGUCUACAAGAAGACCCACAAGGAGCCUCCUAAUGGAGGCAAAGAAAUCACUCAAGCCUUCAAAAUUAUGAUGUCCGCCCUAAAGCACAACAAAUUUCAAGUGUGGCGCAAGAAUUUCUGGAAUGAAGUCAAGCCGACAACCUUGCAGGCCAAGGGUAUCACAGUUGAAUGGACUGACCGUGCUGUGGAUAAGGUUGCCAAGACCAUGGCUGCGUGUGACAUCUUCUGCUUCAUGCCCAUUUGGAUUCUGAAUGAUGGAGGCAUCGGUUCCGUUUCCACAAACCAAGGCGCAUCGAUGGUCACAAAUGGCGCACCCAAUGACCUCCUCAGCAACUUUAACGCUAUCACCAUCAUUGUGUUCAUCCCCAUCCUGACCUACGGAAUUUACCCAGCUCUGGACCGUCGCAACAUUCGAAUCGGCCCAAUCACUCGUAUAACGUUUGGAUUCAUCCUUGCAAUGAUCUCAGGUCUUGCUGGCACCCUGGUGCAAUGGAAGGUGUACAGCCUUUCGCCGUGUGGAUCGUAUGCAUCCACCUGCUCGGAAGUUGCAAACAUUAGCAUCUGGUGGCAGAUCCCCAAUCUGUCUCUUGGAGCCUUAAGCGAGUGCUUCUGUAAUGUCACCGCUUACGAGCUUGCCUAUGCCCGAUCUCCCAAGAGCAUGAAGGGCCUGGUGAUGGCGAUUUUCCUCUUUACCAACGCUUUGUCAAGUGCCAUCGGCGAGAUCUUGGUUCCGGUCACUAAAGACCCCUAUCUGAUCUGGAUCUGGGGAGCUCCCACUGUGGCUUUGGGGCUGCAAACUAUAAUAUUCUGGUGGAGAUUCAGACACCUUGAUAGCGAGCAGUAUGUUGCAGACGUUGUGGACGAGUCCUGGAUUCCGGAGGAGCAGAACGAGAAGGGCCUUGUCGCUCGUGCGACAGAAACCUAA